AUGACGCCCAAUUCAACACGGAUGAAAAUUUUAUGCUACUGCUUGCUGCUAAUGACGCUUUUAAUAUCGAAACCAAUUUUGCAAAUUUCUACUGGACGUCGGGACGCACCACUCAAGGCAAUUCGGAAGCUCUUUUCUCUGAACACCAAAGACCGCCCGUUCCUGCUGCAAGUCGUCCCGUCUGUCGGUCAGGUGGUUCAGGGAGAGGCUUCCAAUUGCCAUGCCACGGCCCAACUUUUCGGUAAUGGUUACUCGGUUUUCCGUUGCGACCGCAGCUCGCGUAACAGUACAAAAAAAUGCUUUGGAGGUGUUUUGAUUGCCAUUAAGCAAUGCCAUCCAAGCAGCUUUGUGACCACGGAAUGUGGGAUUGACCUGGAACAAGUCUGUGUUGCUGCUACCAUUAAUGGAAAAAACAUACUCUUCUGUGCUGUUUACGUGCCACCUGACAAAAGUAAUUGUGUUCACAUUAUCGAGUCCCACGUGGCCACUAUACGUGAACUGUGUAACCGUGCUACUGCUGAUGAGUCAGUUUUGAUAUGUGGCGAUUAUAACCAACCUCGUUUGAUGUGGACUGAAAGCGAAACAGGUGCUAAACUAAUGAAUGUUGCCGCCUUAAGCGCCGCCGCCGCAUCCUUGAUCGAUGGAACUGAUUCGUUAAAUCUGAUCCAACUCAACUCUAUCAGGAAUCAUCUCGGACGGACACUUGAUUUGUUUUUUGGCCUGAGUGACGAACAAAUUGAAAUAAGAAAUGCCCCUGACAUUCUGGUACCUGUAGAUUUGCACCACCCGCCUGUCGCAUUCGAUUUACCAGCUGCUGUGUUGGCAAGUAACUCCUCGCCAAACACUUCGGAUCGUAGGAGUAGACCGUUAAAUUUUCGGAAGACGGACUUUUCGCUGCUCUUACAGUACUUGAACAGCAUUGACUGGGAUGCAGUUUUCGGCAACGCAUCAGUAGACGUUAUGACUGAAACUUUCUGCAAUUUGAUUGGUACUUGGUUGAAUUCGCAUGUUCCCAAAUUUAAACGUCCUGUUACACCUGCUUGGAGCACGCCCAGUUUGCGACAACUUCGACGCGAAAAAAAUGCAUGUUUACGAAGGCUUCGAAAAAAUCGAACGGUAGACUCUCAACAACAGUUCAAAGCAGCAAGCACAGCCUACCGCAGACUCAAUGCAUUACUGUACAAACACCACGUUCUGCGUGUACAAUCUGGUUUACGUAAGAACCCUCGAAGUUUCUGGACUUUCGUAAAUUCGAAACGAAAAUCGAGCUCCCUACCUACCUCAGUCUUUUACAACGAUGCUGUUGCUGACACUCCAGACACGUGUUGCAAUUUAUUUGCUGAUUUUCGGGCGGUCUUCCUGGACACUGCCUCUUCCGAAACUGAGUGCUCUGAUGCCACGUUUCACGUCCCGGCGGAUUCUAUAGAUUUCAACACCUUCGAGAUAGAUCAAAGGCUCAUCGAAAAUGCCGCAAGGAAACUGAAAAGCUCUUUUGCUCCUGGACCUGAUGGAAUUCCGGCUGUUAUUUACAGUCGAUGCAUCGAAGCUCUCUCGUUGCCGCUAGCCCAAAUCUAUAACCGAUCAUUUCAACAACGUAAAUUCCCGGACUAUUGGAAAAAUUCCUUCAUGUUUCCUGUCUUCAAAAACGGCGAACGAAGAAAUGUGAAGCAAUAUCGAGGCAUUACGAGUUUAUCGGCAGGAUCCAAGCUUUUCGAAAUUGUUGUAAGUCAAGCCCUCUUACGCGCUUCCUCACAUUAUAUUGCCGCUGAACAGCAUGGGUUUAUGCCUGGCAGAUCGCGCCUUGACAGGGUAUUUGAAGUUGACGACCUUGGAGUUAUCCUCGAUGCUCAGCUUACGUUCGAUAGUCAACGAACUUCAGUUAUAAGAAAGGCGAAUCGUCAGCUUGGCUUCAUCUCCAAAGUAGCACGAGAGUUCAGAGACCCAUUGUGCUUGAAGUCACUCUACUGCGCACUUGUCCGUUAUGUUGGGUUUUGCGAAUCGAGCGUGUACAAAAGCGUUUUGUUAGAUUCGCUCUACGACAUCUACUCUGGCGUAAUCCUGAAAACCUUCCCGCAUAUUCCGACCGGUGCCAGCUUCUGGGAUUAG